AAUUACAAUUUGAUUUAUUCCCCAAAUGGUGCAGCCCUAUUAGGAGUGAUGUGCACUUCAUAUAAUCACUGAUGUUUUUGCUCAGGUUGCGUCUCAGAUGGGCCGAGCUCUGCUGGAUUUAGUUUGGCCCAUGCGCUUCCACACUGACCAGAUGGUGCGGAGGGGCGUUAUGUUUGCGGUUUGUGCUGUGUUUCUGAGCAUGCCUGCUGAGAACUUACUCACAGAACUUGGUGAUGACCUGAUGGAGACCAGAGCCUGGCUAGCAGAUGUGGCAGAGAAUGAGUGUGACGCAGACUGCAGGAGUUUGGCGGUACAGAGUUUCAUGCUGCUGGACAAAAACCUCAAAACUCAGCUGCAGAUCCCAGAUAUGGAGACCUGAGGAGGGCUGACAAUAUCUCACACUCAUCUGGAGAAGAUUUUAUGAUCAUGACAUGCAUCCCUAAUUACUAUGGCAUUGUUCCUUGGAUUUCAUGUAUUGUGUUAUUUUUGUACUACUAAUAUUUAGUUACUGUUAAAUAAAGAGCUUUUUGGGGAC